ACGGUUCCGAGUCAGUGUCGCGGUCGGACGUUCUUGGUAGGUCUUGGUUCCUUUUUGCGCGGUACAUUGGCACUGGUGAGCAAUCGCCGCCCGCAGCUUGAGAUCAUAGGUGGUUUAGUUAGUGCGUAGUGGCAAAUAAACAUGCUUAUUAGUGAGUAAUCUAGCUAACGAAGCUGUUCGGUCGGAUACAAGUGGCGCUGUGACACAGAAGGAAAGCUCGAUCGGGAAUAAUUUUGUUCUGCGCAAAGGAUAGCGCUUCAAUUACCUAUCAUUGAUGCCGGAUUAAUUUUCAAGACGUACCGUAACACUGCAGUGAACGUGUGAAACAUGAAAAUUUACGCUGGAAUAUCAGUAGUAUUGUUGCUGUUGGAAAUUGUGGCCACAACUCAAACGGAUGCAAUAGCCAACGAUUCGGUGGUAGUUGAAGCUACUGAUGAGCUUAAACGCCAAGCCCGCCAUAUAUGGUUAGCGGCACGCACGACCACAUGGACCCAAGCCCUGGGAGAUGGUAGUCCAUGCCUUACUUCGAAAGGACAUCUCGGAGUUUGUACUUCAUUCCGAAAAUGUUACCCCUAUUUUAAGAUUCCUGAUCUCAGCGUAUGGGAUUCAUGGGUCCUUGGCAACUAUGAUACGUGUAGCUAUUUUAACGACCAAGGACGACAGGCUUUCGGUGUUUGUUGUACGAAUCCAAUAAUGCCCUUACCUCCUGCGGAAUCCAGCACGGAGACAAGUACAGCAACAUCGCCAAUUAUGGGCAGUGGAAAUGAAAUCGGAGAAGAUUCCAAGAAAAAGCCACCGAAAAAUAACAACUAUCCCAGCUGGCCGCCACCAAUCCCAACACAUCCUCCGGAUCACACAGCAGCAACCCAUCCGCCAUCGUUUACUUCUUCAACUGUUGCUGGUUUGGUUACACAACCGACCACGAGCAAACCCGCAACUACCACGUGGCCUACAAAACCGGCACGGCCUACGGUGCCCAACCAGCCGGGACAUCCCCCAAUGGUUUGGCCCCCACCAGCACCUACACAUCCACCCGCACCUUCCAUCGAAAUAACCACCGUUGGCUCUGUGAACCCUCCUGGUAGCGGUUUCAAUAGCGGAUGCGGCAUGAAAAAUGGAAAUCCGGACACUGAACGAAUAGUGGGAGGUCACAAUGCAGAUCCAAACGAAUGGCCGUGGGUUGCUGCCUUAUUCAACAACGGGCGUCAGUUCUGUGGAGGAUCAUUGAUCGACAACAUACACAUCCUAACCGCUGCCCAUUGUGUGGCUCACAUGAGCUCAUGGGAUGUUGCACGUUUAUCGGUGAAAUUGGGCGAUCAUAAUAUUCGAUCGAAUACUGAAGUACAGCAUGUUGAGAGAAAAGUUAAACGACUCGUGCGUCAUCGUGGUUUCGACUCGCGAACGUUGUAUAACGACAUUGCAGUACUGACCAUGGAUCAACCCGUUCAGUUUUCACAAUCUGUUCGACCCGUCUGCUUACCGGCAGGGGAAAGUUCUGGAACUUACAAUGGACUGAUGGCUACGGUUAUCGGAUGGGGAAGCUUGCGAGAAAACGGACCCCAACCCGCUAUUUUGCAGGAGGUGAACCUUCAGGUUUGGACUAAUCAAGAAUGCAGCAGGAAAUACGGAUCAGCCGCUCCCGGUGGUAUCAUAGCAUCGAUGCUAUGUGCAGGACAAGCUGCAAAGGACUCCUGUAGUGGAGACUCCGGUGGUCCUUUGAUGGUUAACGAAGGACGAUGGACCCAGGUGGGUGUUGUUUCAUGGGGUAUUGGAUGCGGAAAAGGUCAGUAUCCUGGAGUAUACAGUCGAGUUACGUCCUUUAUGCCUUGGAUUACGAAAAAUAUUAAAGACAACUAAAAUCGAUUAUGGCGAUUGUGGGAGCAGUACACAUAUAUGAUUCUAGAUAAUUCAUAAAAGUUUAGACUACCAAUCAAACAUAAUGGGGAGCCAUAAUGUAAUCGCUUAAAUUUUAGUACGCUUGUAAUUGAUGCCAUUCGUGUAAUGUG